GGGAUGUAAACAUAAUUCAACCCAGAAUCUAUGAGUUUUCGUUUUUGUUUAAGCAGAGGAACGAAUAUGAACAUUGAUACAAGGAACAGGAGAAUAAAGUCCUCGAGAAAACAAAACAGCAGCUGUUCAUCAUUUGGCGUCGACUUGCUUUCCUUAUCCAAUAUUUAAGGAAGAAUUCCCAGUCCCAGUCUCAGGUUUGGGAAUAAAUUAUUUAUAAAAUGGCAAGACAAGUUAAUACCCUCUUUCUUGAACAAUGGUUGAGGACUUGCAGUGGUGGUAUUAGCCACACUGUUUCUGGGCAUUCUUCUUCUUCUGGGUCUUCAUCUUCAUCGGCGCGUGCCAUUAUUCAAGCAUGGUCUGAGCUUAGAGAUUCACUUCAGAACCAAACAUUUCAUCCCCAUAUACUCCAACCUUUGAAAACCCUCUUUAACUCCCAAACCUCUCUCCAUGUUGCUGACCCUCAAGCCAAACUUCUUCUGUCUGUACUCUCCUCCCAAAGUUUCGAUCUUCCUUCAGAAUCAUAUCCUAUCUUGCUCAGGCUUCUUUAUAUUUGGGUCAGGAAGUCUGCUAGGCCAUCAACUGUGCUCAUUGACUCAGCUGUGGAUGUCCUUUCUCAUGUAUUUACUACUGAAUUUAGUUUGAAGAAAAGAGCUUCUUUUCUUGCUGAAGGUGUUCUUCUUUUAGGGGCCAUUUCAUUUGUGCCUCUUGUAUCUGAAAGCUCGAAAAUAGUGUGCUUGGAGUUGCUUUGUAAGCUGUUAGAAGAAGAUCACCAAUUCGUUAGAACUUGGGAAGAAAUUAUCCCGGAUGUGCUGGCAGGGAUUGGAUAUGCAUUAUCUUCUUCUCUGGAUGUUCAUUUUGUUAGAGUUUUGGAUUUUUUGUUGGGAAUUUGGGGAAAGGAAUAUGGGCCUUCUAGUACAGUUCCUACUGCACUCAUGAUCUUGCAUAUGGUUGAAUGGGUUGUGUCUGGUUUCAUUAAAUCACAUUCUUUUAAAAAAAUUCAAGCUUUUUCACAUGGGACAUUUGGAACUCCGAAGGCAAGCUAUGUUCAUUUUGCUCUUGUUAUGGUUGCAGCUGGAGUAUUGAGAGCUAGUAGAUAUGCAGCUAGUGGCCAAGGGUUGGAGAUUGUUUCCGCACUAAGGAUUUCUGCAGAAAAUGGGAUAGUGUCUAUAGCACAAAGUUUCGUUUCUAAAACUAAAGAGUUUGUAAACUCAGACAGUGAUCCCAUGGACAGUCUUCUUUUACAGUGUAUGUCACUAGCCUUGGCUCGAAGUGGUGCAAUAUCUUUCAGUGCCCCUGUGCUUGUGUGCCUGACUUCAACCUUGUUAAGAGAAAUCUUUCCCUUAAGGCACUUAUACAUGCAGAUUCUUCAGUUCUUCCACAGCAUUGGGUCAGAAUUGGGGCUUAAUGAGAUUAAAAAACAUCUAGACAGUGUUCUUUUUAAGGAAGCAGGUGCCAUAACUGGUGUUUUCUGCAAUCAGUAUGUCUCAGCAGAUGAGCACAGCAAAAGUUUAGUGGAGAGUUUUAUAUGGGACUACUGUCAGGAUGUCUACUCUGGUCACCGACAGGUUGCUUUGUUGCUUCGUGGCAGAAAGGAUGAGCUACUAGCAGAUUUGGAGAAAAUUGCAGAAUCUGCUUUUCUUAUGGUUGUGGUUUUUGCUCUGGCUGUAACAAAGCACAGACUAAAUUCAAACCUAUCUCAAGAAAUGCAGAGGGAGAAAACAGUGCAGAUAUUAGUUUCGUUCUCUUGCUUAGAGUAUUUUCGACGCAUGCGUUUGCCAGAAUAUAUGGAUACCAUUCGAAAGGUUGUUGCAUGUGUUCAGGAAAAUGAGUCUGCCUGCGUCUCUUUUGCGGAAUCAAUGCCUUCCUAUGUUGACUUGACCACUUGGCAAGACUUUUCUUCCAAGCAGAAAAUGGAAUAUGAAUGGUCAAAGGAUGAGGUGCAAACUGCUCGUGUUUUGUUUUAUGUGCGGGUUAUUCCAACUUGCAUUGAACAAUUGCCUGCUCGUGUAUUUCGGAUGGUGGUUACUCCAACUAUGUUUUUAUAUAUGGGACAUCCAAAUGGAAAAGUAGCUCGAGCCUCACAUUCUAUGUUUGUGGCAUUCAUGUCUUCCGGAAAAGACUCAGAGGACGAAAGAGUGUUGCUAAAGGAGCAACUUGUUUUCUAUUACAUGCAAAGAUCUUUAGAGGGAUUUCCUGGCAUUACUCCUUUUGAGGGUAUGGCUUCAGGAGUUGCAGCCUUGGUUCGACACCUUCCUGCUGGCAGCCCAGCAACAUUUUAUUGCAUUAACUGUCUUGUUGAUAAAGCUAAUGAGCUCUGCAGUGAUGCUUCCACUUUAAAAGCUGAGGAGUGGAAGAACUGGCAAGGAAGCCUGGAGCCUUGCAAAAAAAUCCUAGAGCUGCUUUUGCGUCUUAUUUCCCUUGUUGAUAUACAGGUCCUACCAGCUCUAAUGAAGUCAUUGGCACAACUCACUGUCCAACUACCAAAAACUGGCCAGAUCAUGGUUCUUAAUGAGCUAUAUGCCCAGGUUGCUGAAUCUGAUGAUGUCACACGUAAACCGGCUUUAGUUUCAUGGCUGCAGUCAUUGUCUUACCUUUCUUCUCAAGCUAAAAGUGAGGUUGUGACUUCCAAAGGGAGGGAAAGCAAAGAAAGCUCUGCUUCUCCAGGGGCUACAGAGCCAUUAGACUCGGAUAAAAUAAAUGCUCGUCUUUGAGGCUUCUAGGUGCAGUUCUUGAUGAAUGACAUAGCUAAUUCUCCAAGAGAUUGCCAGAAUAUGUGCAGGUUGCCAAAGAACUGAUGAUAUCACUUGCAAACUAACUUUGGUUCCAUGACUGCAGUCACUGUCUAACCUUUACACUCAACCAAAAAGUGGGGGAUCUGAACUCCAAUGGAAGGGGAAGCAAAAAGAGCAAUGCUUCUGCAGGGCAUACGGACCCAUUAAACUGGGAUAAAUUAACAUCUCUGAGACAUCUAGGUGCAGUUCUUAAUAAAUGUUAAUCUUGUGUUACUCUCUCUCUCUCCAUAUAUAUAUAUAUUUAUUUAUAUAUAACAUAUUCGUCUUGAUUUUGGAAUAAAUGGAAUCACUUGAAAUUGUUAGAAUUCUGCCUGGUAAGUCAAAUAGGUGUUGUUAAUUCUGUACUCAGUGAAAUAACAUGGGAUAUUCUUUACUUCUGUAUGGCUUCUUGUUCUGUGUUAUACCACAUGCUGGCUAAAUCAAUUUAUUUCCCAACUUCAAUGAUAUGUAUCUGCAUUGAUAUGCCAACAUUAAUGAGUCUUGAAUUUAGGCUUUGACCCUGGUCAUAUAUGAAUCCAUACCUUAUUGCCUGCAGAGAGAGGAUUUUAUGUCUUUAAUUCAACUUUUAGAUUCCCUGCAUCCUAUUUUUUCUGAUAGGUCAUUCAGCAUGCUCUGAAUUGCUUGUUUUCAUAGUAGUUAUUUGGUUUAUUUAUCAGAUGGAAGGGUGUAAUGUUAAAGUGGCUUGUUCUCUAUAUCAUGUAUUAUCAUUUUAGUGCAUUUGGACAAGAGUUAAUUACAUAAAUAAUACCUGAACUAUGAGAAAUUGUUGAGUUUGGUAUGUGAACUAAAAAAUGUACAAUCUGAUACCUCAACUAUAAAAAAUAUGCUUAAUUGCCCCUAAUUAAUGACACCGUUAACUUUGGCUGAUAAUGUCUGUGAGCUAAUAAUAAAAAGAUGACAUGUGUAAGACUACAAAGGAAAUUAAAUGCCAUAUAAUAUGAAAUUGGAUACACAUCAUCAUUUUUGUUUCUUCUUCUUUUUAACUUUUUAUGUUAUUUUUUGUUCUGUUUUCUUUCUUUGUUCUUCUUCUUCUCCAGAUCUCUUCCUCACUAAUACCUAUCCUCCACCAGUACCAUAAACCAAUCCCUUCCUCAAUGGAGCAUGUCUAACUCUUUGCCCUCACCCUUUUCUUCUUCCUCUUUCCUCCCAACAUUGCUUCAGUGCUUACUCUUUCCACAAGCCUCUCAAUUUCCCUCUUCAAAUCUCAUUUUCCCUCUUUUGCACUUUCUAUUUCAACACAACCCAGGCGAGAUUCCCUUGCACACAAGCACAUUUUGCUGGCCUUGAGCCAUGUGGCUGCAGAUUUUUUUUUUUUUUUUGUGAUUUGCAGGUUUCUUUGAUUUUGCUCAAAUUUGGGAAAUAUGGUUUUCAGGUAUUAAAGCUUGAGGGUUAAGAUGGGUUUUGUUAUUUUGAUUCUUGGGAGAUAUUUGGGGAAAGGAAUCUCAGUGAGAUGAGUUUGAUAUGGAGAGGAAAAGAGUGAGGCUUUUGCAUUGUAGGUUGUUUCAUUAGUGAGAAAAUAAGGAAAGCGAGAAAAUCUGGGUUUGGUUAGAGAGAGGGAUUUUUUUAUUUAUUCAUUAAUUAUAAAAGUGGACUAUUUUUUCCAGAAAAAAGGAAUAAAAAAGCAGGGAAUACAUACAAAUAGAAAGAGAAAGAAAUGUUAAGCUUCCUAGGUAAUGGUUUGACUGUUUGAGAGUUGAAAUCAAGAGAGGAAGGGUAUAGAAAGAGAAUGUUGGAAAGAAGGGAAGAGAACCUAUCUGCAGAUGAGGAACAACAGAUGAAGAUGAGGUUGCGGCCUGGUAUGGUGGAAAAAAUGGUGAUUGGGGCAUUGACGAAGGGAUCUAUAAGUGUACAGAAGGAAUCUGUGUUUGUGUACUAUAAUAUUUAUUUAUUAUUAUUUUUUUAACUUUCGUACCAAAAAAUAUGUUCUUUGAGAAAAAUAUAAUUGCCCAAUCACUGAAUGACACAUCAUCUAAACUGUGGAAUUUAAACUUCGAUGGCAUGCUUAUUUGGCUCGGGGCACAUUAUCGGUCUUGGUUAAUGGUAUUUCUGGGGCAUUUUAGCAUAUGUUUUUAUAGAUGAGUUACUAUAUUGUACAUUUUUAUAUUUUUAGAGGAUUGGAGCUGAUCAUGGAACCUCGAACCUUAGCUAGACUGGUAGCAAUCACUAGGAAUGGAACUUGGGUUGUACUUUUUUGUAACAUUUAGUAAAUACUUAUUAAAUCCUCUUGCAGGGUCUUAUCAACCCAAAUUGGCACUAUCCUUUUUCUUUUCUUUUUCCCCUUUUGAAAGGUAAGUAGAUUUUCUUAAGAAAAUUUAAGUACAAGUUUCUGAGAUUUAGCACUAACUUUGAAUUGGAUGUUAGCAUUUUCUGAGUUGGAAGCUUCUGCAUGUAGAGCACAUGGAAUUGUCUCCAGUCUAAUUGUUUUCCUUUUGGCUAAUAGAUUGAAAUGGUACAAUUGAGAGCUCUGUAAAUUGCUUGAUAUAAUUCUCGUUUAAGAUUUCAGAUUUCUCUUUACUGCAUUGCUGAUACCUGGUCCUGAAGUGCCAUUUUUGAUGUAGUUACUAGAACUUAGGUGCCAUUUGGCACUGUGGGGAGUCCUUUCCACCACGUUGGACCCUUUUUUUCCACUAGGCUUCAGUGGAAAAAGUGGUCCUCCUGCAGUGCCAAAAAAGGGUCAGUGUGGUGGGAGACCUCCCCCACUGCUUCUCCUUGCAGUGCCAAACUCAUAUUUAGGAGUGCUUAAGCAGAACAUGCUGAAAUAUUACAUCUUAGCUUCGGUUCAUUAUUUUAUCCUGACUUUUACUUAAGUUUUAUGAAUUUUGCAGUGAAAUUGAUAGGAUCAGGAUGAUGGAACCUUGGCCAUGUCACUCUGUGACUUUCCCUUUUGUAAGUGGAGCCUUUAAGCAUCAAAUUUCACAGGAUUUGGAAAUGAGGAGUUUCAUGGUGCUCUUACUAGGGCGCCACUAUUUUCUUAUCAUUUUUGGGUCUUUUACGUUGUAGGAAUAAUAUAACCUGUAACACCUGAUAAGCAAAGAUGGAAUGACUUGACUAUCAGUUGCUGUCGAAGCUCAAUUGGAGAUCAGAGAUGCGAUGCAAAGGAAGAACAGUUGAUGUAACCUCUGAAGUUGAAUCCUUAGCUUUAGCUUUGCUAGACACUGGAAACUAUGGUGUCUCAACGAUUCAUGGGUGCUUGAUGUGUAAGCAUUAGCAGACCAACAAAGAAAACGUGAUUGAGCUUCUAAAGUUGCUUGAGGCCUAGAGGGUUUUUGGGGCAAAUGGGUUGUAUAGGUUAGGAUGUUUGUGCUGGUUCAUGUUGCACUGGUUGGCCUAUCAUUCGUAGUAUGUUGCUGGUAAAGUAUGGUUCAUCUGGCACUGUCUUCCUUACUCCAAUUGUUUGAUCUGGAGCUUGAACAAAGGGGGAUAUGUAGGAGAGAUGUUUGUAAUUAAUUGCCACUGAAUCCAACUUCUCUAAGCAAACAUCAAAAAAAUUUCCUCAUAUGUGAAUGUCAUGAUAGAACUUCUGGAGACAAUGACCCUACUAGUUGAUGUAAUUUCUGGAGCCUGGUUAUGAAAGGCCCAUGCAUUGUCCAUGUAUUCAUUCUACUUUUAUUUCCCAACUGUUUUGUGGCUGAAGUAAAAUGGUUGCUGAUGGUUUCUUGAAA